AUGGCCGCCUCACCCAGUUCGGACGCGGCCACGUCCGACAUCGAAGCCCCAAGCUCUCCUGCUGCUCAGGAAGCCAAGUCAUUCAUCUCACGCGCUGCGAGCGACGAUGAGGAUACGCAGAUGGCCGAUGAACCCACCGAGAUCCAGGAGAAGCCUGCCCGUGGCAGAGGCAGGGCUUCAACAAAGGGCGGCGAUGCGCCCCAUCAGAUUGGCAAAAUCCGACAUCUGAAAAAGGAAGAUGGUGAGCCGCUCUGGCGUGAAGAUAUUCAGUACGACUUCCUCAAGGCCGUUUUCGACAACGAUCAAAAGGUUUUUACCAACUCGUACGAUCGUGACAUGGACAAGCAAUGUUUUGCCGAUCUCUACAUUGAUACCAUGUCGCGAAGUAGCAAAACUAGCAAAGUCUUAAGAGACAAACUCCUCAGUGACCGAGAUGCAGCCAAGGGCAUGGCCAUGGUCUGCCUUCUGGUCAACGUUGGCCGCAUGAAUACCACGCUCAAUUUCUUUCCCGAAAUGAGAGCCCAGCUUCGAACAUACCACGCGAUCCCGUCGUUACAGGCGCACCAAGAUGCACACGCGUACAAGCAACUGCAAGACGCCCCCCGUCUCAAGUCUAUCUUGAAGGGCGGUGCUGAGGACAGGGAAGAACCCAAUUCGUUGGAGAAGAUCAAGAAGGUCCAAGUACCUCGAACCAACCCUGUUAAUCUCAUUUUUUCCAUGUGCCAUUCGGCUCAGAAGGUUGCCGAAUUGCAUUUCCCCAAUCACCAAGAAUUCCACGACCUUAUUAUGAAGACACAGUACAGCAGCAAGUCCCGCGCUUCGGCCUUCUUGUGGCUCAUGUGGUUUUACCUUGAGUCUGAUUUCACCGAGGAGGGCUGUGAGGAAAAUCCGUUUGGUGCUGGUGUCGACUACGGCCUAGAUGUGGCAAACCAGGGUGUUCCAGAGCUUGUUGAGAUGUCGGACGAUGAGCGAGCCAAGGAAAACGUAGAUACCCCCGAGGAACUCGUUUUUGGGCGCGAUAAGCAAAAGACGCGAGCCAAGAUUCUCGAGAUGGACCAAGCCUAUCUGAAUGAAAGGGAGACAAAACGCGGAAAACGGGCGACUUUGAAUGAGGAAGGUCCUGCUAUCCUUCCACGCAUCCGUCCUUCUAAACAUGAUUCGGACCGAGACAGCACAAGAUCUACGCCUCCACCCCGACACGUGGGAAGAGGUGGUCGACGAGGGUUGGGGCUCAAGUACCAGAUCUUUGAAGGGUCAUCCCCAGCUCGUCACGGAUCGGAAGGUGUUGGGUCGAGGAAACCUCGGCCCCCAACAGCGCAUCAGCUUGCUGUGGAAAGAAACCGCAAUGAACGUGUUGAGUACAUUCUAGACCGAGGGAUUCGAAAACACCACCACAAGAGCCGCAAGGCUCGACGCCAGGAUGGAGCCGUAUAUAGAGCAUACAGGCGGACCCAGGCCCAAGAAGACCCGUUCCAGGACAGCGACGGUGAGGACGCAAUACCACGCAACAUUUCCAGCAAAGACAAGACUGCCGUGUUCCGCGAGAGAGGUCUAGGCGGGCUUGCUCUUGUGACUGCCGAGACAGAUGACUAUGGCGAAGAAGUCAGUGCCUAUGCGGCCGCCCUGAGAAGAGCUUCGCGACGUCUCCGUCGGUGGGUAGGACACGAAACCGAGCUGGGCAUUAUCGCGCCCAUCAAGAACCAGAAGGCAACAGUGAAGGCCAGCGGCAACAAGGGCGGGGAUGACAAUGAGUUGAAUGAUUCCCCCACGAAGAAUGGCGACGCAAAUGGAGAUCUUACUAUGGGUGACGCAGAUAUUGACGACCAGACUGCCUUGUUAGAUGAUGGGGAUGACGAUGUAGAUGACCCAGACAAGACCGAAGUCAUGGGCGAUUCUGACGUGGAGUAA